AUGGCCGGCGGCGCUCCUGUUCCUGUUCCGACAUCGGAUCCCGAUGAGAAGAUCCUUAGCAUUGCGGACCUGGAGAAGGCGGCUUCUACGAAACUGGGAAAGACUGCGAGAGAAUUCUACAACUCCGGCUCGACGGACCAAGUCACUAUCCACGAGAACUCAACCGCCUUCUCUAAAUACCGCUUGAGGCCAAGGGUGCUGGUCGAUGUGUCCGGCGUCGACACUUCCACUACCGCCUUUGGCCGCUCCAUCUCAUUCCCGCUCUCAGUUUCCCCAGCAGGUCUGCAGGCAAUGGCUCACCCGGACGGCGAGCUAGGAACCAGCAAAGCAUGUGCGAGAAAAGGGGUUAACAUGGCCAUAUCGUCAUUCUCAAACCAUAGCAUCGAAGAUGUGAGGUCUGCCGCGGCGGAGAUCGGGUCCAUAGACCAUGCAGUACAAUUGUACACGAUGCGCGACCGUGAGCUCGAAGAACGGAUAAUUAGAAAAGCAGAAGCGGCGGGUUGCAAGGCUAUAUUCCUUACUGCCGAUUCGCCUGUUUUGGGUGUCCGUUAUAAUGAGUGGAGGAAUGACUUCAGAACACCCGAGGGACUUGAAUUUCCGGUCAUCGAGUGGACUUCCGAGGAAGUCCGAUCGCGAACUCACGACUCGGGCUUCGUAGCCUUCAACGACGACUCGCACAGCUGGGCAAGGGAUAUUCCGUGGUUGAAAGCGAGGACGAAGAUGCAGAUUUGGAUCAAAGGCGUGCUGACCGCUGAAGAUACGGAGUUGGCGGUGGAGCACGGGUGCGAUGGGAUCAUCGUAAGUAAUCAUGGCGGAAGGCAGCUCGAUGGUGUGAUGCCCACUUUAGAUGCCUUGCCAGAGUGCGUGGAAGCGGCGAAUGGCAGGAUUGCCGUGCACGUAGACGGAGGAUUCAGGUCUGGAACGGAUAUCUUCAAGGCAUUGGCGCUCGGAGCAAAUUGCUGUUGGGUGGGAAGACCUGCAAUAUGGGGCCUCGCGUACGACGGGGAAGCGGGGGUGGAUCUUAUGCUUGAGACUAUGCAUAAUGAAUUCCGCCGAUGUAUGCAAUUGACAGGCUGCAGGACUGUUAAAGACAUUAACAAGACUUGCUUGGCAAGAAUCAAUGCUGAUGGGAUACUGAAGAGAUUAUGA